UGUCAUUUUGAAUUUUGUCACAUUGUGAAUUUGUGAUUUGUUUUGUUGUUCUAUCUUAUUGCAAGUAGAAAUCGUUCUUCUGCUUUAUAAGACAAUUUAACCAAAUUCUAUCGUCUCUCUUUAAUAAUGGCUGACGAAGAAUAUGAAGCUGAGGAUGCGGGAGCGGAUUACGAUGAUAUCGCAGAAGAGGAUGAUAACAUAGAAGAGACCGAAGAACAAGAAGAAGACGGUUUUAACACCCAGUGCGUUGCUCCAGGCCAGGCUGGUGGCGGAGUAGAAAAGUCCAAAAGAAUUACUACAAGAUAUAUGACGAAAUAUGAGAGAGCUAGAGUUUUAGGUACUCGGGCUCUACAGAUAGCGAUGUGUGCUCCAGUAAUGGUGGAACUGGAAGGUGAAACAGAUCCCUUACAAAUAGCUAUGAAAGAAUUGAAGCAAAGAAAGAUACCUAUCAUCAUUAGAAGAUAUUUACCUGAUCAUUCUUAUGAAGAUUGGAGUAUAGAUGAACUCAUCAUCAUAGACCAUUAAGGAUAAAUACAAAUAAGUAUAAAAAUACUACAAGUGAAAAAAAUCUAUAAAAGAAAUAAAUGAGUUUUGGAGAAUGUGUUUAUGGUAAAUAUUUUUCUUUUUGUAGGAGAUGGACAGGCUCUUUUGAUUUAAACCAACAUUAUAAUAAAAUGUGGAUUUUUAAACUUUAUUUUUGUUAUAAAUUUCCUCUUUUCUGGUGAUAUAAUAAAUAAAUUUGAGUAUUGUGCCAUCUCUUAAAAUAAAAAAAGUUUUGCAAUAGUAAGAAUUUCUGAAAGCAAAUAAAUUUAUCAAUAUUUACUCCAAAGCUUAUGAGUUCUUCAAAUCACUUCAAAAUAACUGUUAUUGUAAAAUUAAAUAUUUUUAAGUCUCCUAAUAAAUAAGUUUUUAUAUAAA